AUGGCAAGUUUCUUUCCUUCAUCUCUUAGGACAUUAAGAGGAUUAAACGAAGAGGCGAAGGCAGAAGCAGAAGAACAACUCGCUAAUGCGCUUCAAUUACUGGAAGAUGCUUUUCCAAAAUGCAGCAAAGGAAAGGACUUCUUCGGCGGAGAGACUAUUGGCUAUUUAGACAUUGCCUUCGGGUGCUACUUGGGAUGGAUAAAGGCAAUAGAGAAGAUGACAGGCAUCAAGGCAUUAGAUGAGGCAAAGACGCCUACCUUGGUAGGAUGGGCAGAACGCUUUUGCUCUGGUGACGCUGCAAAGGAAGUGAUGCCCGAGGCAGACAAGCUCAUAGAGUUCACCAAGUUGAUUCAAGCUAUCAUGAAUGCUGCUCCUGGCCGCCAAAAUAUGCAUGUGUCAAAAAAUGAUAGAUAA